GAUAACAUAAUCCACACCCAGACUCUCCUCAGGGUUGUGGCCCGAGCCCAGUUUUGUUCUCUGGCUUAUAAAGAAAUCCUCUGGCCCGGGUCUGGAUUCUCAGCUGUGGACUAACCCGUCCCAGUCUCAGUGGCAGGUCCCGGCUCGUAGGCCUUCCCUCCCGUUGGGGGAAAGGCGCAGGCGCCCCACGCUUUAUCAGGAACUUCCUAGCGACCAGCCACCACUUAGCGCCGAGCGUCCUGCAGGGUGGGUGGGUUAAAGUGGGCGGUCUAAAGCCCUGAUCAGGCAGGGGCGCUUCGGGGCUGCGGCGGCUUUGUUCCUUCCCGAAUGGCGCGCAGGGCUGAGCCCCCCGACGGGGGCUGGGGGUGGGUGGUGGUGCUAUCAGCGUUCAUCCAGUCGGCGCUCGUGUUUGGGGUGCUCCGUUCUUUCGGUGUCUUCUUCGUGGAAUUUGUGGCGGCGUUUGAGGAGCAGGCAGCCAGAGUCUCCUGGAUCGCUUCCAUAGGGAUCGCGGUGCAGCAGUUUGGGAGUGAGUGCUGUGCCUGGGUGCCGUGGCCUACCACCCACGGAAAACAGAGAGAGGGAACCUGGGGACCAGAAAAGGGAAAGGCGAAGGGUCGGGAGGAUAUUGAGGGAGGACGGCGGAGACCACCUCGCAGAACCCCUUCCAAUUCCCCAGGCCCGAUAGGCAGUGCCCUGAGCACGAAGUUGGGGCCCAGGCCUGUGGUGAUGACUGGAGGCAUCUUGGCUGCGCUGGGGAUGCUGCUGGCUGCAUUUGCUACCUCCUUGACCCACCUCUACCUGAGUAUUGGGCUGGUGUCAGGCACUGGCUGGGCCCUGACCUUCACUCCGACCCUGGCCUGCCUCUCCCGUUAUUUCUGUCGACGUCGCUCUCUGGCCGUGGGGCUGGCGCUGACUGGAGUGGGUCUCUCCUCCUUUGCGUUCGCUCCCCUCUUCCAGUGGCUGAUCAGCCGCUACGCCUGGCGGGGAGCCCUCUUGGUCCUGUCUGCCCUCUCCCUACACCUGAUGGCCUGUGGUGCUCUCCUCCGCCCACUCUCCCUGACCGAAGACACUUCUGUGGGUGGCCCUGGGGCCCAGCUCACCUCCCUCCUCUGUCACGGCCCCUUCAUCCGUUACACUCUUGCCCUUACUCUGAUUAACACGGGCUACUUCAUCCCCUACGUCCAUUUGGUGGCCCAUCUGCAAGACCUGGGUUGGGACCCACUGCCCGCUGCUUUCCUUCUGUCGGUGGCUGCUAUUUCUGACCUCGUGGGCCGUGUGGCAUCUGGUUGGCUGGGAGAUGCCGUCCCAGGACCUGUGGCACGGCUGCUGAUGCUUUGGACCACCCUGACUGGGGUGUCACUAGCCCUGUUCCCCGUGGCUCAGUCUCCCACAACCCUGGUGGUUCUGGCUGUGACCUAUGGCUUCACAUCGGGGGCCCUGACCCCAGUGGCCUUCUCCGUGAUUCCUGAACUGGUGGGGACUGGAAGGAUUUACUGUGGCCUGGGACUGGUGCAGAUGAUAGAGAGCAUCGGAGGAUUAUUAGGAGCUCCUCUAUCAGGCUACCUCCGGGAUGUGACAGGCAACUACAUGGUUUCCUUUAUGGUGGCCGGGGCCUUCCUUCUGGCAGGAAGUGGAGUUCUUACCACCUUGCCCCAUUUCUUCUCCUGCAUCUCCGCUUCUACCUCCAGACCCCAGGACCUUGGAAUAGAGGCACUGGACACCAAAAUUCCCCUGCCCAAGGAGGAGGGGUUGGGAGAGGACUGAACUCCACCAGGAGACAGUGGUCAUGGAGAGCCAGAGCUUGGCAGCACCGGGUCUUCUGCCCCAUCAAGGCAUCCACAGAAGCACAGUGCCUUAGGAUUCUUGAUGUGCCUCCACCAGAGCAGACCUGGGGUUCUUGCGAUUUAUGUGCCAACCCUUUGUAUUUUGUGAACGACUCUCAUAUCACCUCCUUUGUUCUCCCAAGAUUUUUCGGAAGGAUCCAGGAGAUCUCAACCCACUGAGUUCUGAAUCAAAUCUGAAAAUCAAAGGUCGAGAGCCUUCUCAUGUUUUAUAUGUGAUUCCUGGUGUCCCUCAGAUAUAAAACAAGUAAGGAAACUGGACAAUAAUUGUAACCUCAAAAAGAGCCAGAGGCCCAGGUGCUUGGGGCUGCUAAUGGGGUCAUGGCUGAACAGAGGGGUGGAGACAUCCAUGAGCUCUGGUGACCCAGAGUUCUCUCCAUCCACUUACCUCCCUCUUCUCCACCAUUCCUGUGAUACAGAAGGAAGAAAAUGAAGAGAAACGUCUAUGUGUAGAGGAAGGUGGCUUGGGAGCACCAGCCACAACCUAAGAUCCUUGUACUUUUGAGACAAGUGCCUCACCAUGUAGCCCAGGCUGCUCUUGAACUUGAGACUUGGCCUCCUCCCAAGUGCUGAGAUUACAGGUGCUCACAGUCAUACCCAGAUGGAUUUUUGUUUCUCUUAGGCUAACAAAGGCAGAUCGAAAUGCACGAAAGAAAAAGUAUGAAGUUUGGGAGUUGGAGAGAGAGCUCAACAGUUAAAAGCACUUCCUGCUCUUCCAGAGGGCCAGGGACA